CGUAACGGUAAAAUAGACAGAAGACGACACCGCUCCGCCUCUUGCGUUUUAACAGAUAUGUUAGAAAUGUUGCGUUUAAUCCCAAUAAAAAUGCCUCAAACGCUGGUUGCCACGGAAACCGAGGGCUGAUUUAAAAAGCAACCGGAUGAUAAAACAGGAGCUGGAAAGCAGUCCUGACCUUCAAGAUGAGGCGUCUGUCCAGAAGGAAUGCCCUGAGCCUGGUGAAGGAGCUGGACGCCUUCCCAAAAGUGGCAGACAGCUAUGUGGAGACGUCGCCGUCAGGGGGGACAGUGUCAAUUAUAGCUUUUAGUGCCAUGGCAGUUCUGGCCAUCUUGGAGUUCUUUGUUUAUCGAGACACGUGGAUGAAGUAUGAAUAUGAAGUUGACAAGGAUUUUUCCAGUAAACUAAGAAUAAAUGUGGACAUCACAGUUGCAAUGAAAUGCCAGCAUGUGGGAGCAGACAUCCUGGACCUGGCAGAAACAAUGAUCACAUCCAACGGCCUGCAGUACGAGCCCGUUAUUUUUGAAUUAUCCCCACAACAGAGACUGUGGCAAAGGACUCUGCAUCUCAUUCAGAGCAGGCUGAGGGAGGAGCACGCUCUGCAGGAAGUCUUGUACAAAACGCUGCUGAAGGGAGCUCCUACUGCUCUGCCACCACGGGAGGACGCACCCCAGGAGCCACUCAAUGCAUGCAGGAUUCAUGGACAUGUUUAUGUCAACAAGGUGGCCGGAAACCUACACAUCACAGUAGGAAAGCCUAUUCACCAUCCUCAGGGCCAUGCACACAUCGCAGCUUUUGUGAGCCACGAGGCGUACAACUUCUCCCAUCGAAUAGACCAUUUAUCUUUCGGCGAGGAGAUUCCAGGCAUAAUCAAUCCUCUGGACGGCACAGAGAAAAUCACCUACAACUAUAACCAGAUGUACCAGUACUUCAUCACAGUGGUGCCCACCAAGCUGAACACAUACCUGAUCUCUGCAGACACACACCAGUUUUCAGUGACUGAGCGAGAGCGAGUGAUAAACCACGCAGCGGGCAGCCAUGGCGUCUCCGGCAUCUUCGUCAAGUAUGACACCAGCUCCCUGAUGGUGACGGUCAGCGAGCAGCACAUGCCGCUGUGGCAAUUCCUGGUGCGACUGUGUGGGAUAAUUGGAGGAAUAUUCUCCACAACUGGCAUGCUUCACAGCCUCGUCGGCUUCUGCUUUGACAUCAUCUGCUGUCGCUUCAGACUCGGAGUCUACAGGCCCAGAGAGGACGGGCAGCUGCACAACCAGAUGAAUAAUCUGAGCAAUCACCAAACUCUUCUCCUGGUGGAAAAUGUCCUACUCUAGUCUUAGCUUCACUGUGAUUAAAUAACAGUAAUUACUGUUCAUAACAUUAUAUUUGUUUAUAUGUAAACUAAACAGGUGUUGUGUUUAAGCUCUCCAAUGUUCAGUUCAUUGCACUUUAGGUAAAUAUGCUCAGUGGCUCCAUUAAAUGUGUGUUUUGGUGCCUGUUUAUGUGAGAUUUGUAAUGUGUGAUUGCUUUAAAUGAUCUCUAGUAUUUUGUUAUUUAAAUGAGAUUAAAUUCCCACAAACUGGAA